AUGUCUCCAGCCUCACUAACCUCGGAAAUCACUGCUUUCGAAGUGCCCUCCACAUGUCAAGCAGUGGCAAAUAUCAAUUUUGCUCGUGAAUCCGACUUUGACUUUCGAGUCAUGCCGGAUAACGAGACACGGCGCGAGGCUAUGUCGUACUACAACACAACCGAUGUAGCUGGUACCAAAGAUGGCUUUUUUGACUAUUACGAUCAGCCAUCGAAGAAUGUCCGCCGAUUGGGAAUCAGCGCUGCAUAUCUCAGGAGACCGCAGCCCCGUGAUCAAGCAGCUUUAUCCUUUUGUGGAGAAGGUUGGAACUGUUCGUAUUCUAUCAACUUCAUGGGACCAGGCUACAAGUGCGAAGAUCUUACAGACGCACCCCCAGACAAUGCACCCUUCAAGCUGAACCAGAUUGCACCGGAAGGCAAUUUUACCUAUGUCGCUGAUGUAGACCAGGACGAUUACAGGUCGCCCCAAGUUGAUACACUCGAUGGUGUUCCAAUAGAAGGUCCACCCUAUCCAGCAUCCCUGGGAGUCUUCGAAAGCGAGCCAGCACUUUGGAUUGGAUACGCUCUUCAAACCAACGAAUCCUACCCACCUGACUCUCCCAACGCCAAAAAAUGGAAAGUCGUACACGUACCCAAGAUGUUCAGAUGCGUCAUGCACCACACCAACUACACAUUCAACAUGACCUACAGCCCAUCCCAAGUCGCAAACCUCACCCAACGCGACUUCCUCGCCCCCGUCAUCGACACCCACCUCACUCCCAACACUGACAACACCAGCGACUGGGUCGCCUCCCCCUCCACAAACUACAUCCGGCCCCUUGACGACCCUAAGCUCUACAAACUUACGGCCGCCUACCACUCCAUGGGCGCGCUACUCCGCAGCUUCCUGCGCGGCUCCGUCUCCAAAUCCACCGACGUCUACGUCGUGACCAAAUCCGACAUCUCCGAGACCCGCCUAAUGGACACGCGCACCUCGCACCCGUCGCCGAAUUUGAUGGCUGACGUCCAAGGCCUCUUCGAAGACAUGCUGCUCAGCCUGCUCAGCGAACCCACCCUCGUCGUCGCGCAGCCCCAGGACGUCGCGUGCCUGAAAACCCGCACGCUCAACGUGUUCAGAUACUACAAGCGCGGGCUGUGGUAUGGGUACGCCAUCGUCAUCGGCAUCACCUUCGUCUUCAUCCUGAUUGGCGCGUGGUCCAUCCAUCAGAAUGGCGUCGCGAGCGAUGUGCUGUUUAGCCGCAUCAUGGUCACCACGCGCAAUCCCACGCUCGAUCAUCUUAGUGUCGGCGCGUGUCUGGGGGGCGACCCGUUUCCGAGGGAGCUUACGCGGACGAAGUUGAGAUUUGGGGUGUUGGCGGAGGAGGGGCCGAGGGAGGGGCCGCUUGGGGUCGUGGAGCAUUGUUGCUUCGGGACCGUGGGGGAGACGAGGGAGAUUGUCAAGGGGGGCGUGUAUGCUGGGUUGAGGAGGAGGGAAGAGAAGAAGGGUUUGCUGGAUAGAGAGGGGGAGGAAGACUUGGUGGAGUGA